AUGUGCGCCGGCCACGACACCCACUACCCAUCCUGGCUCAACAACUCCUCCGCGCCCGCCGACUGUGGCUACGCCGGGAUCGGCCUUGUCUGCGAGGGCAACUCGACGCUGAUCCUCCCCGUCAGCGAUGUGCUCCUCGGAGGCGGCAACUGCCCCGCAGUCCGCCACCAAAUCAGCUUCGACAAGACAUGGAUGCAUAACACCAGCUCCAACGACAGCCUCACCUUCUUCUUCGGCUGUGACCCACGCGAUCCCGUGGCACCUGAUUUUUACACAUUCAAAAUCAAAUGCACGGGGUUCAAGAGUCCUCCAGAUGCUGGCCCAGGAGACUCCUUCGUGCUCAUGCCUGGUGAGCUUGAAAGGUACCUGGUGCACGAAUUGGCUACGAACUGCAGCAAGGUUGUCACCGUGCCACUGAGAGGCGAUGUUCUGAUGGCAGAAAGCAACCAGAUCAACUUCACAAGCGGCGGAUACGGAAACGUGCUUAAGCGUGGGUUCGAGUUGGAUUGGAGCCGUAUCACAGAGGAUGGGUGUCAGCAGUGCGAGGAGUCGUACGGGCAAUGCGCCUAUAGCCAACACAGGGUAUUCCUGGGCUGCUUGUGCCGCGGAGGGAAGGCGGGCAACCCGUAA